AUGAGUUACGUCAUAACACGGGUUGAUCCAAAUUUGUCUCCAACAGCGUCAGUUUGGAUAUCUGGUAUUGCUUUGGCUAUGCAGGGUGUUUCCAUGCCAUUCGGUGGAUUGCUUGCUAAGAAGCUCGGCUUUCGUAUUGUUGUUGCUGUCAGUUGUUUACUUGAUAGUAUUAGUAUCUUUCUGACGUACGUUACAAUCCAAAGAUCCUUCGCUGGAGUCAUCAUUACAUAUUCUGUGCUGCAAGGAUUGGGUCUAGGUUUUGGCUAUUCUGUAGUAUUGGCUGUGGCUGCAACGUGGUUCCCAAAACGACGUGGUCUCGUGGUUGGUUUGAUUGUUGGUGGCUUUGGCUUAGGGGCUCUGGUGUUCACUCCAAUAGAAACUGCUCUAAUCAAUCCAAAUAAUGUCCCUGUUGAUGCAAAAACAAGAUACUAUAACAAUCCCGAUGUUCUUGACCGGAUUCCAGUUGCAUUUCUGAUUCUUGGUGGUAUUCUUCUUGGAUUACAAAUAAUUGGACUCAUAUUAUUGCGUCCAAAACCACCUAAAAUUCUAUUCGGUCAUCAGUACAUUGACAAUGACCAAUUCUUAUCGAUUGUUGCUACAUUUUCAUCCCUUUUCAAUGCUGGUGGUCGUGUCAUUUGGGGUGCAAUUGUUGAUCGAAUAUCCUUCAAGAUACCAAUGAUGAUCAUGCUUGUAAUUUGGGCAAUAGUACUAUUCUCAUUUCCACAUAUUGGAUCACUGACAGGUGUUGGAUUACAAGUUAUAUAUGCUAUUUGGGUAUUCAUUUUGUUCUUUUCACUGAGUGGUGUUUUCGUCAUUCAACCUGCAGCUACUGGAAUUAUAUUUGGCCCUUUAAAUAUGGCAGUGAAUUAUGGUCUUAUUUUUACUGCAUUUACGGUUGGCAGUCUUCUCUGUUCCAUCAUCACAAAUUUUAUUCACACUCCGAAUGCUUAUUUGAUACAGUUUACUGGUUGUGGUUGCGUGUGCAUAGUUGCUCUGGUUGCCAGCAUUUGGAUCGAGGAUAGGAAAAUGCCAAAACGUUGCAAAAUCUGCAACUGUUGCGCUGCUACAUGCAUAUCUCUACGUGUUGGAUAUCAUCAUGCUAAUGAAACUACAGAAAGAAUGCUAGAAGAUACAAACUGAAAAAAAAACUAAUUAGUAAAGCAACUUACAACUUAUACGCUUAUUCAUUUGUAGAUUAGUGCUUUCUGUUGAAUAAUGAUAAUAAUUGACAUAUUUUUGUAUAAAUUACACAAAAC